AUACUAUUAAUUAUUUUAUUAAAAAAAAAAUGGAAUAAUAAUAAGAUUAAUACGAUUAUCCAAAUUUAUAACAAGAAAUAUAAAUUUAAGUUGGUGAACCUUUAACAAAAGAAGCAACCUUAAUAAAGUUUACGGUUUACAGCGUUAAAGGACAAGAUAAACUCGGAACCUUUGAUACAUAUAGAAGAUUUAGUGAAUUUUAUGCAUUAAAAGAAGCUUUAAAUUCUAGAUGGCCGGGAUGCUUUGUCCCUUCAAUUCCUGCUAAAGAGUUAAAUUCAACCAACUAAAAUGUAGUUGAAAAUAGAGCAAGAUUUUUAAAUAGUUUUUGCAAUUAAGUAGCUGGUUUAAGUCAUUUAUUUUAUUCUGAAGAAUUUCAAAUUUUUAUAAGAUCAAAAGAACAUGAUGUUACAAAAACUUUUUCAUAAUUAAAAAAAUUAUCAUAUUAAGAAAUCCUUUAAAAAUAUUAAUAAAUAUUUCCUAUUUAGUAAGAAAUAAAUCAUUCAUAAACAAAUAUAAAAAUAAACACAUUUUAUUAAUUUUUGAAGAAAUCAAUACCUUAAUUAGAAAGUUAUAAAGACUAAAUUUAAUAAUUGUAUUAAAUGAGGUAAGAAUUAAACAAUAAUUUCAUAGAUUUGAAUUAAAAUAUAAUUCCUUAGUACGAAUAAUGCUGUAUAAAUGAAUAUGUUGCUUAUGAUUCUAACGCAUUAAUUUAUUCAAAUUAAUAAAACUAAGAAAUUCAAUAAUUUUAAAAUAAUUUUAAAGAAAGCAAAAAUAAAAAUUAAUUUUAAUAUGUUCUUGAUAUGAUAGUAUAUGAAUUAAGAGAUACAUAGGUAUUUAUUGAUUUAAUUGAUUAAAAAGCAUAAUUAGAAAAAAGUAAAUAAUCAUUUAUUAAAGAUAUAAAAAGUGAUGAAGAAGAUAUAAUAAAAUUAUGUUAAGGAAAAAAACAAUAAAAGCUAUGUUUACUAGUAUUGAAGAUUAAAAAAAAAAACUAGAAUAAUAGAUAGAAAUAUAAAAAAAUGAAUUAAAAAGUCUAGACUAACUAAUCGAAACUAUUACUUAUAUUAUAGGAUUUAUUGAAAUCGAUAGAUUUAGG